AAAAGCAAAAAUAUUUUACAUUGUAUAUUACAUAAAUAUCGUAUGUAUAUAUUUCUGAGAGAUCGCAAUGAUUUAUACCGACAAUUGUUGCUGUUGCAUUGAGCUGAAAUGUGGCUGCAUUAUUAUAUCCAUUGUGGAGGUGAUUAUACGCGGCGUGGAUCGCUUUCUUCUGGAUCAUGAUUCCAUGCUGGGCUAUACGGCGCUCAUCAUCAGCGGCCUUUAUCUCAUUUGCUGCAUAGUACUUCUGAUUGGAUCUCUGCUGUCAUUACGUUUUCUGCUCUUGCCUUAUAUAUAUGUUGCCCUGUCACAUGUCAUCAUUUUGGCAUGGGAAUGCGGUUAUGUCAUCAUGGUGGAGGCCUUCUAUGAUUAUGUAUUAUUUGAUAUUUUUCAAGCAGUGCUCAGCUUGUACUUCUGCCUGGUUGUCUAUUCCUAUUACGAUGCUUUAUAAAGCUGUACAAGACUAUUUAUAUAUAAAAAUAUAUUUUUGAAAGAUCUUUAGUUGUUAUAUUUAAAAAAAAGUCCUAAAAAGGGACUGAUAAAACGGCCAAAACCGAGAUAUAAAAAAA